AGAAGUUUGUGAGCAGCACCAUUUACAAAAUGUCGGGAGGCAGAAAUGUGUGGGAAAUGGGUUUCUGGAUUGGCCUCACUGACAGAGAGACGGAGGGAAGAUGGGUCUGGAUUAACAAUGUUACAGAGGUGGAUCGAAGGUACUGGAUGGAUGGAGAACCAAACAAUAUUGGACAACAUGGAGAGGACUGUGGGGUUACAUCCUACAAUACAUAUGAUAAUAUUCGUAAAACUCGCUUUGACAGCUUUUGCAGGAACAAUCGAUAUUGGAUUUGUGAAAGAAAAUCGAGCUUAGGGGUCAGUUAAAAGCUCAGGAUGUAACUCAUACAGAAAACUGUGGGAGAUUUUGGAAACGUCAGCAAAAAUCGAGCCGAUACCAAUCCAUUACCAGUCAAUGUCGCCAAUAUUGAUACUGAAAUCAAUAUUUCUUGUGAUUGUGGUGGAUGUAAUAUGAACCUCAAAAUCUGAAUUGUUUUUUUUAUCACCUUGAAUGUUUUUUUUUUUUUGUAAGUUUCCCUUUUUUAAUAACUUGAUAAACACAAAAACAGAAUUAGGACAAUAUUUUAAAUUAUGUGGAAAAUAGUUUAUUAAAAAUAAAAACCUUGACAUUAAGAUAAAAGUGAAGAAGUGAAUGCAAAACAGUCUCCAAACCAAAAGACACAAGUAACUAUGAUACACAAAUAAAUUUAAAUGUUUAACAAAAUAAAAAAGUAGUAGCAAUAUAAAUAAUUUCUAACUUCUGAGCCUUUGAAUAGAACAAUAAAAACAAGUGAAAAGUAACUUGUCAGCAGAAUUUAAAUUGAGUAUAAAUAGGGUUAGAGUGCAUGUCGCCUGCAUCCAUGCACUGUGAGAUGUGCUGCUGAGAUCUCACAGAACUAGAGUGGUGAGACGCCGACUCAGCUGGGUCAUUUCUGCUGAUUCAGAAAAGUGAAAAAGUGGAAAUAUCGAUAUCUGUGGUUUGGUAUUGAUCCAACCGAUACCACCACGAGAUCGAUACUAUUGAUAUUUUCAGUCGAUCCGCCCAGCACUACUAUGAAUCCUAUAGAAGAGAUUCAGCAGCCUCAGAAGAUGGUUAAUGAUUUCUGUAGUGUUGGGUUGUCAUUUGGUUGACUUUCUUUACUCCUUUUUUUUUGCGGAUGUUCUAACUAUAGUGUUUUUUUGUGUCGUUGUGUGUUUGGUUAAAUCGGUUUAUUUUUGGAUAACUGUCUGAGUUGUUCCUGCUUUGAGAUGUUAUGUUGAUCUUUUCACCAGGUCGUUGGUUUAUGUUCAGCUGUGUUUGCAUUUAUUAAAGUGAAAUACAGCCUCUUUUAAACAUUCCUGCAUCCUUCUGCUUUUUUAGUUUGUCCAUAAAAAUGUUUGACUGUCAAAAAAAAAGACUAUAAGCAGCAGUAAUUUUUUGUGACAAAACAUUGCAAAAUAUUUUCCAAGAAACUUGCUUUGAUGAGUUUGCUUGAAUAUGGUUUUAGUGUUGGGUCUGAAUUUUAAAGGAAUGAAACAUUCAGAGAAGAUGGCGUGCCAGCAUUUUUGCAUCGUCAGCUGUUUGGAAGGUGGUUCACAAACCACUGAGCAGCAGACGGAGUCUCACUUUGGUCACAGAGAACUGACAUGGAUGGUCGACUCUUCAACGCUUCCCUUCGAAAGUUUGGAACAGGAUUCUGGAAAAUUCCAAAUUCCAGAGUAGUUCUUGUGUCCCUGGGACUGCUGAACGCUGUUUUAUUUAUAAUUGCUGUUGUUCUUGGAGUGAUGUGUGCUGGAGUCAGAGAGGACUCCUCCCUGAAGGAUUCCCACUCAGCUGCUUUGAAACUCAUCGGUGAGCUGACAGAUCUGCGCAGCAACCACAGCGAUUUGAUUGAAGCUGAAGAGGAAACCAAGAGGUUGCUGCAGAUGAAGAUCCAGGACCAUGUCAAAUUGAAGAAGCAAAUUCAGCAGCAGAUGGCCAUCAAUGACAAUUAUCAGACACAGUUCCAAGCCCUUCAAACCGAAAAAGAAAACCUACAGGCAAAUAUCACAGCUUUAGAGCAAACAUGUGGAAGAUGCUUACAUACAUGGAGUCUCCGGGACUCCUCCUGCUAUUUCUUUUCCUACACCGAGUCUCCUGUUGAGAAGAAGAGUUGGCAUGACAGCAGGACGGACUGCAUCAGUCGAGGAGCUGACCUGAUCGUGAUCGAAAGCUCAGAUGAGCAGAAGUUUGUGAGCAACAGGUAUCGCCAACUGAUGGGGAACAAAAAUUCAUGGGAAGACGGUUUCUGGAUUGGCCUCAUUGACACACAUGCAGAGGGAACAUUUGUCUGGGUCAAUAAUGUCACAGAACUGGAACCAAGGUAUUGGAUGAAUGGAGAACCAAACAAUUACAGAGACCAAGAGGAUUGUGUAACUACAGUUAACAGUGGAAGAAAUCCUUGGAAAACUCGCAAUGAUUUGAAUUGCGAGGAAGAAAGACAUUGGAUUUGUGAAAAAAAAUCAGAUUGAGUUGUGAAAUAAAAGCACAGGACAAUACAUACAAAAAAAACAUACCAGAAGCAACUUUCAGAAAUUAUAUCGAUGAAUGUUUGAUCUGAUCUAAGUAUUAUAUGACUUUAAUAAUUUGACAUUCUUACUGAUUACAAAUAAUACAUGUCCACUAGUGGAUUUAGCACAGAGAGGUAGUAUUUUAGAUGGGUUUCAUAAACUUUGGAUGUUUGAUUUGAUAUUGUUACCCUGAAAGAGUCUUUGCAUAAAAAGGAAAAGUAAAAAAAACUUUAUCUCAACUUCAAUGCAGGACAUUUAAAUACUCAAUAAUUGUAGUGAAUUAGAAAAAAACACAAAAAACAUAGAUUUAGUCAAAAACUGUUUCAUGUUUUUUUUUUUUUUUUUUUUUUUGCAACAUUUGUGCUGAUUUUGAAAGACUGCUAUAGCUGUUAAAGAUAAACUGCAUCAAAAGAGAAGAAAACGCUUGUAUUUGGAUCAUUUCUGUGUUCUGCUAUACUGUUUGGGAAUAAAUCUUAUACUCUUGUACA